AUGACGGACCUUCAGGAUGAGGAUGCGCGUCUUGCUGCGGUCUUGGGGCAAUCCCUGGAGAGCGUCAUUGACGCUCCGCCGCCCAGCGCAGCCUCGGCCACGAUAUUACGAUACUCUGGCGGUACGGGGCACAAGGGGAAGGUAUGAACAAUUGAUGCUUCAUUUCUUGCAUAAAGUAACAGUUCCAUGUAGAUCAUGAGAAAAAUUUCCCAUCGCACUACAUUUCAGCAAAAAAUCUCGUUGGUUCCUUCAUGAUGUAGCUGAAUACGAAUAUCCCCGACCAGACGACCAAAAAUGAGAAAGUGACAAAAUACAUCAGGGCAAGGGCAAAAAGGGAAAGUUCCACGGCGAGGGGUUUUUCCAGCGACAGGAGGUGGGGCAGAACUACAUCUGCCAGAACUGCGGGAAGAAGGGGGACCACUGGCUGCAGGAUUGCCCCCUGAAGUACGAAGAUGAGCAGGAGAAGGUGGGCGCCACCUACGACGCCUGGUCGAAUGAGAACGAGCGGAAGAAAACGAAGAUUCGGUGGGCGCGGGGCAUCCCCAUGAACUACCUGCAGGAGUGUCCGACGUUUGAGGCCGCCUGCGAGCGGAGCAUCGACGGGACCUGCUACCUGCGUCGGGAAAAACCGGGGAAGUAUUUUGCCUACGUUCACGAUGCGUCGUCCAACGUGUUUCUCGGGAAACACAUGCAGAAACUCCAGACACCCGUCCACGAAAAAGCGUUUUUCGCCUACGGGGAGGCUUUCGAGAAAGCCCUGGACUUUGUCCGGUGCCAGGUCUGCACGAACUUGCUGAUGCUGCCGGAAAUCGCCCCGUGCUGCGGGCGCACGUUCUGUCGCGACUGCAUCCUCGAGCGCCCAACCUGCCCAGCGUGCAAGAAGCCGAACAUGCCGCACUUGUUGCAACCGCACGACCUGCUACGGAAAAUUGCCGACAAGAUAAGAGGAGGUACAGUUGCGUUUUUGCGUGAAUGUGAUUCUAUAAAUCGAUACACCAAUUUGUAAUCGUGUCACAAUCUGAUAGAAGUUCCCCACGCCAUAAUUUUUCUACAAUCUCAUCAUUCAUUCCCUACCUUGACGAACACAGCGAAAAUGUCGGACCUGCGUCGGCGCGAGGACGAGGAGCAGCGACGGCGCGCGGAGUGGCGCGUCAAACAGGUCGCACUGGAGGAGUGCUACGCGGAGGAGGAACGCGAGCGGCGCGCAAAAGAGCAGCGCACCGCCCUGCACACGCUGCAUCGCCGCAUGCUGACGGAGAAGCUGGACCGAUUGGAGCGGAAAAUGGCGCGUCGGCGAGCGAAGAUUUUAGAGGACAUGGAAGAGGAAGAGAAAAAGGCGGAGGAAGAGAGUAAAGAAGCGAAUAGCAACAUUGGAGCGCCAGCACCGGGAGGCGCAGCUACGUCAGCGUCCACGACCGCAGGAGGAGCGUCAAGCUCUUCAUCGGCGCAGCCCAACGAAGGUGCUGCUGCGACGGAAGGACAGCCGGCCGCUAGCUCGAGCUCCGCUAGCAGUAGCUCUACUGCGGCCGUCAAGAAGCGAAACUCCGCACCGGUGCCUUUGGACUUGGAUGCGGAGGAGCGAAGGCUGCUGUUUGAUCUUAAAACGCAGUCGGGACCCCCCGAGAUCCGCAACGCCGCCGAGUUUGAGCUGUUCAAAUUGUGUCUGAAGGAGCGGGCGCUGCGGGCGGAGCUGGAGGCGCACGACGCAAAGGACCCCGAAGCAAUGGACAGCGCCGUAGGGGGAACGCUGGUCACGGACGACGGGGAAGUUCUUUCCCCCGUAGAACGGGACCACUCCGGGCGACACAAGCGCCUGAUGCUGCCACCCGCAGGUGGACCGCUGUGUUUGCCUGUGGGAAAUACCACCAAUAAUUCCGCUGGUCCGGUUGUUGCGAAACAACAGACUUUGCAACCAGGUACAGGCGUGGUGAGAGUAAUAUCGCCACGAGCUGCAGACUGGGGCAGCAGUGCUGCAGCUUCUGUUGUGCCGCAUAAAGCCACUCCAAGUUGUGCACCACCUGCAACGCUCUUGCCUUUGCAACCGCAAGCUGGGAACGCGAGUGCAAGUUCGUCGUCUUCCGCCCCGCCUGUUGCGCAGCCAGCAAAUGCAACGCAACAAGCAGCGAAAGAGGCGUUGCUCCCCCUGGUAGGACAGGUCGACACCACCAGCAAAGAUACCAUCGCCUCUACGGAAGGUAGCCAGGACAACACAAAGUCUACUGCGGGGGCUCCGAUCAUCAGUCUGAAGAGACCGCCCCCUUCACAGCCAGAGCAGGAAGGCUCAGGUGCGGCUUCAAGCAGCAGUGGACCGGUUGUGAUGGUACCGGCGGCGCAAGAACCAGCACUGGGUGGAGCGACCGCUGUUGCCACGACCGCGGGCGCUGCGUCGUCAAGCACCUCGAACGUUCCGGCAAGCACAGCGACUGCCAGCCAGAAGUCUCCGGAGAAGAAAACGAAAAAGAGGAAGAAGCUGACCCCCGAGGAGUUUUUCGCGUGGCAGGAAUCCAUUCGGAAGGCAGCUGAGGAGGGUCGACCGGCGCCACCAACUGUGAGUCCGGGAGAAGACGAUUAGAAGUGUCGGCAUGUCUUGGUACACACUGAGAAACCAAAAACUUCGACAUCCGCAAGCGAGCGACUGUAGCACACCAUCAAUUCAGUAUCCGUUUUCAUGGCCAAAAAAAAAUGUAGUACAUGGAGAAAUAAGUUCGUGUUUCGGCAU